CGCCCUGCACUCCGUCGGGAGAGGGGUCCAUGGUUCGUCCGCUGACGGACCACGGUAGCAUCAAGUCUAGCCGAAACUAAUUACUUGCAAUGCCGACGUACAGCAACACUGUGUCGUCGCUUAUCUCUUUCACCAUACCGGUAUGAAUGCCCAUACACCCGCUCUUCCCUUCAUAUACGCCUCAUUCUUACCACACAUACCCGGCCCCACCUCUCUCUCAUCCGAUAUUGCGAUUCGCUAGAUCACUUACGCCGAUGCCUUCACAUGAACGUCUCCGCACACAUCACAGCACCAUCCAGGGACACGAAUAUUGGCAUGUUUCCAUACCAUACCGCCUUUACCCGCUCUUCCAUGUCCAGGCACAUAGAAUUCCACUUUUCGCUAAAAUAGAACGUAGACUUACACUUCAAUAAAGCUACAUUUGGCCAUCCAUUACCAAUUCGCGUUCAGAAAUAGAUGUCAAUGAGCAGACCCCCUGUUUGGUUCCCACUGGAUCUCUCUCAUACAACACUACUAGGCCGCCACGGUCUUGAUUUUGGGUGGUCACGGCGUGUACUUUUAACGUUGCCAUACGGUAUUCCGAUCAGAUCCACCUACAGUUUGGAACGAGCUAAAGGCCGUAGCGUAGCUUCACUUUUGAGACUAGCCGCUAUGAAGACAAAAGUAAGAAAAGCGUCCCGCUCAUCAUGAACUCAGAAACUAUCACAGCCCAUCAAGCCUCAACCUCUUUACGCGCACUUUUGGAUGUCAUGAAAAG